AUGGAUACCAAAACCACCAAGGCACAACACCAUAGGUUGGUGCUGUGUGUUUUAGGACUUUUCAAUGUUGCUUCACUGCUAGCCGCUAUACAUCUUGUCAGCCAUCUGAACCCAGAAGAUAGGAUAUCGGUGAAGCGCGGCGGCGUUUUAACCUUUCUGGGCUUCGUGUACUUCAUGACGCUGUUCGAGCUGUUCAACGUAGCAGCGCUCUUCACCGGCGUCGGAGCGCGAUUUCGGCACAAAUUCCGCCUCAGCUCCGGCGACGUCCUGGACAUCACCAACAAAUUAGUAUCAGCCGUGCAGGCAGCGUUCUCGUGUGCCACCGGCGCGAUAGUCUGCCUGUGGUCGUGCACCAGGGACCUGAUGCGGUCUUCCCAUUUUAUCUCCGAAGCCUACGCCUGGUUCGGAGCGGCUUACUUCUUCUACGACAUAUGGUCUAUGUACAUGGUGCAUGUGCAUAUGACCACGAAUGUAGGCUACCGCACCGAGCCGGUGAAGCCGGUGGCUCGUGACUCCCUCUCCUCGGGAGACGCAGUGCAGCCUUCGAAAAAACCUUCCUUCUUCGCGUACUGCAAACACGAACCGGUUAUUCUUAUGCACCACCUGUUUAUCGGUGGUUUCGGGUUCCUCGUUAUAGUGUACCUCCGCGGCGGGUUGGGCGAUUGCGUGUUCGGCUUCGUGUACCUGAUGGAGCUGUCGACGCCGUUCGUUUCGCUGCGCGGCAUCCUGUCGCGGCUCCAGCUCAAGAAGUCGCCGCUCUACGUGUACAACGGGCUCGCCAUGCUGCUCACCUUCCUCGUGUGCCGAGUGCUGAGUCUGCCCUACGUCUGUCUCAUGUACAGCCGAGCCGUCAGCAUGACUUACUUUGAGGCCAUCAGGUCCCUCCCCGCCGGGUGCAAGGUCUCGAUCUGCAUACUGCUCUUGCCCCAGCUCUACUGGUUCUACCUGAUGUCUGCCGGAGCGCUGAAGCUCUUCAUCAAACGGACGCCCGUCAAACAGAGCUGA